CUCGUGGGAUGAGCAACUUUGACUCGAGAGUUAACAGUGGUUUCGUAGUAGUACGACGGUGUCAACUCACCGGGAAAGCAGGUGGUCUUUCUGAAACAAUUUGGCCCUUUGUGACCGCUGGGUGUAUCAGACCGAACGCCCGAAGUCGAGACAGCGUCGCGGUAAGACGGGGGGAGUGAUCUUCCGAAAUUCUGCUGCUCGCCAGAAAAAGGUCCGCAGGAACACACUCGCGUGAGAGUAACACCCACGAACGGAAGAGACGACCGACGAGAGAGAGAGAGAGGCAGGCGAGCAUACUGCUGCUGCUCGGUGGUAACGUGAUCAUCGUGUUUAUAGUGCUUAGACACUUGUGCCGAUACGCAACAGUGCGCCCGAAUUUGAGUUUUGUGCCGGCGGAUUAUCCGGCUGAACUUGGACAACGAGAGGACUGCGAGGAUCGUGAGAACUUUGCGGCUGAUGUUAGCCAACUUGCCCGCAGACGAGAUCGGUAGUGUGGUAGUCGGUCGGUCGAUAACGCGAUUUAGAACGUGAAACGUUAAUCGAUCGACGCGAAUCACCCGUCCGGGAGGAGGGCUUACCGAGAGGGAAAGAGGACUUCGAGGGAAAAUCCGUUCAAGCUGGAUCUCAGGAAGAUUUCCCUUCUCACUGCGACCGCAGUCGACCAUCGCGAGCGCAGCAGAUCGCGAACACGCGACCGCCGUGUGAUGAGCGACUCGAUGCACAUCGACGAGAAUAUCGGCAGCAGUCAGCCGAUCGACAACGCUCGCGAGAUCAUCGGAGAAGGGAAUCGCACAGCUCUGCAGGUCCAGAUGGCGGCUAGGAACAACGGGCAAUCGCGACCAGGGAAGCGACCGAUCAAGAAUGUCUCGCCGGCGGACAAAGUGGGCGCUAUCGACCGCGUCCACGAGGGUGAGAGCAAGGCCUCCGUUGCCAGGGACAUCGGAGUCCCGGAGUCCACGUUGCGCGGCUGGUGCAAGUCGGAACAAAAGAUCCGCAGCCAGUGCAACAACGCGUCCGCGGAGAUGAUGGCGCGACAUUCCCCGGUCAGCAUCGCCACCGGACGCUCCAUGUCGGCGAGUGGCCGUCAAUCGGUCGGCAGCCGGCAUUCCAGCAACAGCCGGCAGUCAGCUACACCGCCGAGCGACGACGGUCCGUCGUCGAAGAGAGUGAAAAUGGAGCGCCGACAGAACAACAGUCCUCAGACCGUAAUGGCAGGUCCGUCCACCAGUUCGGCGGCCACCAGCUAUAUGGCCCGCGCGGACCGAGGGAUGUUGAAUCCCUCGAAUCAAGCCCUGUCGGAGCUGUUCGUCACGGCGAUGUCGUCCGCCGGACAUUCGGCCUCGGUUUUGCAGCAACUGCUGGGACCGGCGUUCGCGAGUGAGCUGAUGCUGGGUCAGACGGCGGCGAGCCAGCGCGGCAGCGCCGUUGGUCUCGUUGAGAACGGUCUGCAGUACGCCAGGAGCCACCACACCGCAACAUUCCCCGCGAUAGUUGGUAGCAGCGCGGCCACCACGGUGGGCAAUAUCAUCGGCAACGCUUUGGGGAACGCGCUGGACCAUACCAGCGGCAGGAACAUCGCGGUUGCGCCCACCCAGGUUACAUCCGGCUCGUACACGCGAAAAUCACCGAGCGUCACACCUGCGGCGGAGGCGCCCACGACACCGGCACCGGCGUCUCCGCACGAGAACAACGCUCAACCCACCACCACGUGUAGGACGGGAGGCACCACCACCACUGCUGUCGGCAGCCCGUCCAUCCGGAGGGAGGCGAUGCAGACCUGGUUCACACAACAGUUCCGGUCGAGCGACAAUAAUCUCGACGCUGCCAACAAUCUCGCCAACCCGUAUGACUCCCGCAAGGCCUUGUUCUGGCAAUGGAUGAAGUACUGCAACCUCCCACUGAAAGAUAGUCCCGAACAGUCAAUUAGUGUGCUGGAUUAUUUGUUCCGCAACAAUGAAUCCGCCGGCAGUACCAGUGAUGACAAUAGCGAGGUGAGAGCUCGCUGCCACAGUGUCACGAGCGAGAGAUCGGAGCGCGAAGACUCGGCUGAGAGGGUGACGCCUGUCGUGGGGCCGACGUUCUCGCCGAGGAUGAUGGAGGCACUGCGAGCCGCCAAGAUGAGUCCCAGCAACGCCGAAAUCGAGAAGGCGGUCGAGUACGGCAUUUGGCUGCAGAGGUGGUUGGAUAACUGUUCGAUACCUCUGCUGACCAGAAAAUACGUCUUGCAGUACAAAUACAUCGUGGAUGUGCUCAAGUGGGUCAAGAAUUCAUCGACGCAGGCGGAAGUGGUGCCGGAAAGUUACAAGGCAUCAGAGGGACCACACGACAAAGGGACACAACUAUGAUGCCGGAAAAUGUCGCCUUUCAUCAUCCGCCGGUUGUAUCGUAAACAUUGAAAGAGUGCGUCCGACCAAGUGCAAAGUCUCCCGGUGAAAGAAAGACUUUUGUUAUAUACUGUCAAUGUAUAUAUACGAUAAUGUACAUAACAAAGCGAAGUCGCUAAAUUUGCUUAUUAUGUCUAUGUAACAAAAGACUACGAUAUCAUUGUUUAGCGUAUAUCGCGAGGUAUAUAAUGUGCGUAGCUGUUAUUUAUCAACGAAUAUCCUCAUUUGCUGCUGUAGAUAGAAACAUUGAUUAGGAAUGAAAAAAGGAGAGACGUGGACUCACACCGCGAUAGAUUUAACGAAUAAAUCCACUCUGCUCUUUUCUUCUUUUACGCUUUUUUCUUAUUCACACGCGCUAUGGCGUACGCUGACAAAAUAAUAUUUCUUAUACAAUAUUUGUAUAAUUCUGUGUAUAUAAAAAUGUAUAAAAUCGUGCUAACUGUAUAUAAUCACUUGUUCACAAUUAUAUUGUACAAAUGAUGUAUUGAAAAAUGUGUAUAUAUUAUUCAAUUAUUUCGUUAGCCCAAGUCGUGUAGCGUAUAUAUAAAGAAGCAGAGAUAGGCAAAGUUUACGGAAGAGAGCGGAGCGACACGCUUCCUCAUUCAUCCAUUUCUCUCCCUUUUUCUUUUCCAUCUUCGGUUUCGUCGAUCGCGGCGAAACGGAAGCACGAUGUACGGCGGAUGUUGCACAUCCGCAUUUUCCUGACGAUUACUACCUCCAUCUUCCGUUGAACAGUUCCGUUAAUAUAUAAGUAGAGCAAAUAUAUGUACACACACACACACACACACACAUCAUACCUACUACAUAAUUUACACGUGGUAAGAGAAUGGGCCAAAUUCGCCGAGAUCCGUUGGCUGAGCCAGCAGGAGUCUUAUGGAAUAAAGUCCAGCACGACUCUCGAAAGGGCUCCGCGCACGAUUGCUCGGCGGUUGUGUGUAUCAGUUUGGAUAAGAAAGGGCGC